AUGGCCUCCCUCCGCUCCACGUCGCGGCUCUUCGCUGCGUCGCGGCCACUCUUCCGGCCUGCUACCUUCGCUCGCUCCUACGCGACCGUCGAGACUGGUACUUCCGCCGAGCCCCCGGCCAAGAUGAAGUCCUUCAAGAUCUACCGUUGGAACCCGGAUACGCCGAGCGAGAAGCCGACCAUGCAGACCUACAACCUCGACCUGAACAAGACCGGCCCCAUGAUGCUCGACGCCCUCAUUCGGAUAAAGAACGAGCAAGAUCCCACCCUCACCUUCCGCCGCUCCUGCCGUGAGGGUAUCUGCGGUAGCUGCGCCAUGAACAUUGACGGUGUCAACACCCUGGCCUGCCUGUGCCGUAUCCCUACCGACACCAAGACCGAGUCUCGCAUCUACCCUCUGCCUCACACCUACGUCGUCAAGGAUCUCGUACCGGAUAUGACCCUUUUCUACAAGCAAUACAAGUCCAUCAAGCCCUACCUCCAGCGCGAUACCCCCAGCCCUGACGGUCUUGAGAACCGUCAAAGUCCCGAGGAGCGCAAGAAGCUCGACGGUCUCUACGAAUGUAUUCUCUGCGCCUGCUGCUCGACCUCCUGCCCCUCAUACUGGUGGAACAGCGAGGAGUACCUGGGCCCCGCCAUCCUGCUCCAGUCCUACCGCUGGCUGGCCGAUUCCCGUGAUGAGCGCACCGCCGAGCGCAAGGCCGCCCUCGACAACAGCAUGAGCGUCUACCGUUGCCACACCAUUCUCAACUGCACACGGACUUGUCCCAAGGGCCUGAACCCUGGUCUUGCGAUCGCCGAGACCAAGAAGAUGCUGGCGAAAUAA